AGAGACAAACUGAAAGAGAAAGUCCUGACAGAUGCUCAGACACAGACACAGAUUGCAGACUUUAUUAGAGUAAGAUAAGAACUGUUUAAGAGAGCAUAAUCAGAGUAUAGUUAGACAGUACCAGCAAAUCUGUGCUGUAGAGUCUGACACCACUAAAAUGAGAUUUUGUUUAUGAUAAGCAGAGCCAGUGCAUCUUCUGUAAUGGAGGACAGUGACCGGCAGAUGGCGCUGUUUUCCUGUAAAUGAGUUCAGAGUCUCGCACCAAUCAACGAAGGUUACGGGGUUUUCUUUUUAAUGAAUUAACAUGUUCGUUCAUUUGAAAACGUGGUUUUAAGACUACUGUAAAAUUAGGAGAAUUCUUGAAAACUGACAUACUGUCCGAAAACCACGUGCAAACACUGCGAUUGCUGCUCAUUAGCUUUAGAUCAUGUUUCAAUGCACAACCUGUACGUGACGGAAAAAACUCAAAUGUGACGAAUACAACAGAACCAGAAACUCUAUUAUUAUUAUUAGUAUUAGUAGUAUUAGUAGUAUCAUCAACCACAACAGUGCAUUGAGUCAAGCAAUUUUACACUUAGAGUUUCGUUUAGAUUAGGGUUUAUUGUUUAUUUUUCAACUUGAUCUGAUACUUAUAUUACAGAUUAUACAGUAAAAAUAUUUGUUUACACAGCGUGAUUAUAUCAGGUCAUUUUACAUCCUAAAGCACUCUUCACAAACUCAUAAAAUACAGUAAUGAAUGUACAAAAACUUCACAUGAUCUGAAUAUUAUGUAAUUAUAAUCAAGCAUUGAUUUCGGAGGAAAACACGGAGAAACCUCAAAUAUAAAGGGAAAUAAUAAUAAUAAUCAUAUUAAAUUAAUAAUAAUAAUUCAGUGCAUUAAUCUCGGGAGUGUAAAUAGUUUUCGCUUUUUUUCUGACAGACUGCAGUGAUUUUAAUGAAGAGCAGCAGUUUUACUGUCACGAGCCUGAUUUACAUCACAGUCCAGCUGACUUACAACAUUAGAAUUACAGUAAUAACUCAGUAAUAAACUACACAACUGAAAAAGAUGAUGACCCGUUUCUGAGCUUCUUUGACACACAUCAGGAUUACAUGUGUGGGAAAUAUGAUAAAACGACAUUACAAACGAAUUUAUUGAUAUGUUAAGAUAGUAUCAACAAUUCAAUCACAAUCCACAAUUAACCUUUUUUUUUUUUUUUUUUUUUUUUUAACGGAGGAGGCCGAUAAAUAAAUAAAUAAAUAAAUAAUGGAAAAAGUGGAAAGUCAUAGUCAUAUUUCAAACGGCGCAUUUCUCCUUUCUCGUGGUUUUGAUGAAGGUCUAAAUAAUGUCGAAGCCUUUUAAAUUCCAGCACGGUCAUAUUUCACUCGUCCAUUCUCAUGAUCCAUAAAACAUAAGCGCUGCACUUAAACAGAUGAUCUCUGUCUCUGAUUCAAUUCACAAAACAACCCGCGAGGAGGGAAAAAACACAGAACAUGAAACAUUAAAGAUGUCAUAUAUAUAUUACAUGCAGCCUAAAUAUAGCUCAUGAGAAUAUUAUCAAAGCAAAUUUACAGUCAGCUCCAUUAAAUAAUUGCACAUGAAGUUAGAUAAAUGAUGUUAUCAGACCAGGAGAAAUGUCUCGUUAACAGUGGGUUAGAUAUGAUCAGCAUCAGAGAGUUUAAUACUGACGACUGAAUUAAAUAAGCCUGACUUAAAUCGCUUAUAGUCGCAUUUAAUUAUACACAGUAAAACAUUGCAUACUUUUUUUUUUCCCCAAACCAUGUGAUUCAUAUUUUAUGGUGUCAGUUAUUUUAGAUGAUUUGGAUAUUUUAGCAACAACCCAUUAAGUUGCAUAAGGGCGAUUAAGGUUGUAAAUGUCUAGUUUUUUAUUUUUAUUCGCUAAAACAGUGAGCGAUAUUUUCAACAAUAAUAAUAAAAACAUUCUAAUAACCUGCGAAAGAGAACAUAAAUCAGACUGCGUGUAUAAAUAAAUGUUUUCAAAUAAGGGUAAAAAAAGGUUUUACAUUUACCAGCUUCUACACGCUAGUUUUAAUAACCCGUGAUUAAGCGAAUCGAGCGUUUCAACUAUAAAUAGCGCGAUGAUGUCGAGUUUUCCGCACUUAAAAAGUGUUGCAUAUUUGUUCUAAACGGAACGGAUUAUAAGCGACUUCUGAAUGAACAAAUGAGCGGUGAAAAUAGCGUUAUUAGUUGCAUGGAGGUUAAUGUACUUACUCUGCCAGCGUCAUAAAGUAAACGCGUCUAUUGUGUCAAAUGCAACGCGAAACAAUGAUUUCUACAGUGCGACGCGUCAUUAAUGGUGCUACAAUACGAGCUUGAUGGAGUGCGGCUUUGUCCAUGCAAAUCCGCCGCCUCGCGUCCUCCAAUCAGAGCGUGGUGUCACUUAGCGUCUUCCAAUGGGAGAUACGCGCUUGCAGGUGGCGGCGCGGUUAUCUGCGCGUCAUCGCUGCUGGAGUCCAUUGAGCGGAGAACGGCGCUUCAGAUGCGGGCGAUCGCAGCACUCAAAGCGGGCGUGAGAUCUGCCGACGGCCGGCAUCGGGAUUCUGGGAUUCAUCGGGAAACGUUCGCGAACUUUGACUUGCGGUUUAAAGUUACAGUUCUAGUGGAUGAGUUGUGAAGUUGUGGGCGUUAAACUUUCUCGUACGAACUUUCUUGCUUUGCGGUUCGCCCUGUGGUUCACUCGCACCAAUGUUAGCGGUUGGGCAGAUGGAUAGUAACCGGCAGAGUGCGUUCGUUCUGGGCAGCACUCCACUGGCUGCGCUGCAUAACAUGACCGAGAUGAAGACUUCUUUAUUCCCGUACGCCCUGCAGAACCCUGCGGGCUUCAAGGCUCAUUCCUUCAGCAACCUGAGCUCUCAGAUCCCGCUGGGAACGCCGCACGGAAUUAGCGAUAUAUUAGGGAGACCCAUCACCUCCGCGGGACAGCUGCUCUCGGGCUUUCCCCGGAUCAACGGAUUGACAUCAGCCGGGAUGUACUUCAACCCCGCGGCGGUGUCUCGGUACCCCAAACCGCUGACGGAGUUGCCUGGGAGGGCGCCCAUAUUUUGGCCCGGAAUGAUGCAGGGUUCACCCUGGAGAGACCCGAGGGUUCCCUGUCCUGCCCAGGCAAAUAUGAUGCUGGACAAGGAUGGAAAGAAGAAACACUCCAGACCAACUUUCUCAGGACAGCAGAUUUUUGCCCUGGAGAAAACCUUCGAGCAGACCAAAUAUCUGGCCGGUCCGGAGAGAGCUCGACUCGCCUAUUCUCUGGGAAUGACCGAAAGCCAAGUCAAGGUUUGGUUUCAAAACAGAAGAACCAAAUGGCGGAAGAGACACGCGGCUGAAAUGGCCACGGCUAAAAAGAAACACGACUCAGAGACGGAGAAGAUGAAGGAGAGCUCAGAAAACGAGGAGGAUGAUGAAUAUAACAAACCUCUGGAUCCGAACUCCGACGACGAGAAAAUCACGAGACUGUUAAAAAAGCACAAGACGAGUAACCUGUCCCUCAUCAGCCCUUGCAGCAACAGCUCGGACACUUUGUGAUGAAACUGAGCAAAAGACUCUUCAUCAUCAUCAUCAUCACCAUCAUCUGCUUCAGAUUCUUCUGGAGAACCGAGGCAGAAUUAAGCAGGGUAUAAACACACUGUUCACGCUGCUUUUGCUUUACUUUGAAUGCGGUUGUACAGUUAGAAGUGGACGUGAGAUGUAUAUAUAUUUUUUACUGAGUAAAUUAUGUUAUUAAAGCAUCAUGGAGACGUGCCAACUUCCCCUCAUCAUUAUCAUUAAGAUCAUUUUUUGUCUUUGAUCGCAGAAGAAUAACGCCCUUUUCCUCCUAAAAGUUUCACUUUUUUAUUAUUUUGGAAACAGGUACACCAAGUGUAUAAAGAAGUGCCAGUGCUGUAAAUGAUGUGUAUAGAAUUUGUUUUAAUAAUGUCCUUUUGGCCGCUGGAGUUUAUGUUUUACCUCACAACAGGAAAAAUACACAAAGAUGGACAUAAAUAUCGACGAAGAGAAUAUUAUUGCUUCCGUGAGGACGGAAGAAAAAACUUUGUAUUAUCAAUAAAUUAUUUAACAAGCCAAAGUUUCAAAAAUGUCCUGGUCCUUUUUUAAUUUCAUACAUUUACUGAUUUUGUAGCGCAUAUAUUUUGAGAUGUGCUGUUAUUCGGCCGCGAGAAAAUUGCUAGCAAACGCAUAUUAUUAUAUAUCCGUGCAUUAAUAUUCUGAUAACGGUUCUUACACGAUUGUUACUAAUAAUUUAACAUUACAAACGUUCAUUUAAAGACGAGUACGCGUUUAUAGAGGGAAAACCAAUUUCCUACUAAAGCUUUAAGAAAUUCCGAUGUAAUAAGAUGAAUAUUUAGUCUCCUUUUUGGAGGUUUUAUUUUAGGAGCCUGAACUGCUUCUGGUGAAGAUGAUCAGUCAUAGGUCUUUAAACAUGCAUUUAUAGAUUAGCUUAUAUUUGUAUUUCUCAGUCCAAGCGAGCAUUAUUAUUAUUAUUAUUUUUUUAAACCUGUGUGCGAAUCAUUUAAUGUCUUUAAGGAACAUUUCUGUCGCGUUAUUCGCAAUGCAAAUGUCUCGUGACCCCGUUAACUAUUAAAAUUAACAUAUUAUACAUGUUGAAAAAACUUUUUUUUUGUGACAUGCAGAUUUAUUCUUAAACAGUUGUAAGUCACGACAGUAGACUAUGAUUUCGAUAUUAAUCGCAACGAAUAUCGCGCAUUGUGUUGCUAUGGUAACGGCAGGUAAAAGCGAACUUGCGAACGACUUAACUUUUGUGGUUACAGAAAUGCUGUUAAAAAGUGUAUAUAAAAUAUACUUGCAUGCAAAAAAAAAAAAAAUUCUCGAACUUUCUGCUGAGAGUUUCCAUUGUCAAUUAUGUGUAUUUCCACUCAC